AUGUCAUGGUUUUAUGAUGAAGAACGAGAAAGGUAAGUCAACGUUUUUGAUGUUGCUGCGGACGUGGUUUCUGCGGGCGCAACUCGGAAAUUUGAAAUUUUUGAUUUUUUUCGUUUUCAAAGGGAAAAUUGUUGUUUGAUAGAUAAUAUCGAGAGUUUUUUGGUGUUUUUAGAUGAUUUUGAUCUGAAUUUGUUCUGUAAAUAAUAGUUUAGAUAUUCUAUUACCUUUUUGUAACGAUUGUCUCAACUUUUACCCAAUUUCAGGAUAGCAGCGGACCCCACAAAGGCGUUGAACAUAAAAUAUGUCCCAUCAACACGGUUCUGGUUUGAAGAAGGACUUCCCCACUAUCAAAUUAUCCAGUUAUUUGUGGCUUAUUGGCACUACACCAUACUCAUCUCUUUUUUGUACAUUUUAACCGUUUUUGGAAUCCAAAAAAGCAUGGCAAGAAGGAAACCGAUGAACUUGAAGUGGUCGUUGUUCGCUUGGAAUGGUUCACUCGCUGUUUUUAGCAUUUUUGGGUAGGUGUUUUGAUUUUUAUGUUUUUGAUGUUUAGGUUGAGGUAUUUUGUGUAUAAAGAAAAGAAAAAGAUGCAGAAGGGCUGUGAUAUCUGUAAUAUUUUAUAUUAUAGUAGGUGGGGAUGGGGAAGUUGACGUUUUGGGUUUGUUUUGUUGGUUAAGGUGUUGUUUUUUGGUUUUUAGGUUUGAAAUAAUGCUGUGUAAGCUUAUGAAUGUUAAGUUUUGGUAAUAUCAUCUAGAAGAAUGUUUAAAAUUUAGGUUUUUAGUAAAUUUUCAAUAAAAUUUUUCGUUUUUAAUCUAAAACAUAUUUUUUAAUGUAAAAAACUUUACUGACAAUAACUUCUUUUGCAGAGCAAUUCGAACCUUGGAAGAGGUAUUCAACACAGUGUAUUACCAUGGUUUAUAUAAAGGAUUGUGUUAUGGUUACGAGCCGAGUUCUAUGGCAGCACAUUGGUACCUAUUCUUUGCGGUUUCCAAGUUUGUUGAGCUUGGAGAUACGGUGUUUUUGGCAUUGAGAAAGAAGCCAUUGACAUUUCUACAUUGUUAUCAUCAUUGUACAGUCAUGGUCUACACAUUUCACGCUGGAUCAGAAGUUAUGGGCAUGGGACGGUGGUUCAUGGGGAUGAAUUUCAUCGCUCAUAGGUCUGUUUGGGGGUAGAUUUGAUAUUAGUAGUACUGCUUUUGUUAUUUUUUGGUACUGGUGCAAUUUUUGGGUGUAAGUGGUACUAGUAGUACUAUUUUUUAAAUGUUUAGCUAUUUUUUAUAUUGUUCAUGACAAAAUGACAUCUUUUCAGUUUCAUGUACACCUACUAUGCCAUAAUGAGUGUUGGAAUAAGACUUCCGAGAGGGCUGGCUAAGUUUGUCACCCUAGUACAACUUCUUCAGAUGUUUGUCGGCUUAGCUGUGUCAUUGUCGGCUAACGUCGUCAAACAUGUUUUGUGAGUUUUUUCUAUUGAUUUUUUAAUUUUAGGUAACAUUUUUUGAAUUUUAAGCUAAUUGUUACCUAAAUAUUUGCCUUUCAAAAAAUUUAUUUUAGGUAACAAUUUUUGGAUUUUUAGGUAAUACUUUGGCUAAAAAUAGUUAAUUAGGUAUCAAAAAGUUUUUUAUUGGCUAUUUUUAUUGAUAAUAAUGCAAUUCCAGACACAUGCCCUGCCAACAAUCUCUACAGAACCUGUACCUGUCAUAUGCCAUCUAUGCCUCAUACGCUGUACUGUUUCUCCAAUUCUUCUACCAAAGAUAUUCUAAUAAAUCUAAAAGGGAAUAA